AUUAUUAUAUAGUGAUGGGCACGGCACCAUCGACUAAAAACUAUCGAUUUAGUCGAUAGAGGCCAACGAUUCAUUUAUUCGGCUAAAUCUCUGAUACAUACUAUCGACUACAUCGAAUGAACUUUAGGCAGGUGCUUGGAUUAUCGAUAAACUGCAAUCUACAGCCGGUAGCAUGGGUAGCAUCGGUAGUACCGAAGGUGGCAUGUCGUAGAAGAUUUAAUUUAUUCUGCUUCAACUAUAUGUAUUUUCUGAUACGCAAAAGUAUAGUCGUAAUUGAAUAAUAAUCAGUCAUACCUAACAAUCGUAGCAAUAUCUUACAAUAAGUGCACAGAGCAUAAAAGUUUCUCAUGAUCGAAUCAAUAGUAAUAAAGUGGCUACAUAUGCAGAUAAGUCGUGAAUAAAGUUCUAUAUACACAGUGUACUAUUGUGUUUCGAAUUCGAAACCUCAGCUGCGUCGCUUAAAAGGAACUUGAUUCAGAAAGUAAUUGUUCACGCGAAUAAGUUGAGCCGAGCAUACAUGAAAUUUUUGCGGAAGUUGUAUGUAAUUGCGGAUAUUGAUCUCGCGGUAACACCUUGCAGAAAUCUAAUAAGUUGUGCAAAUUUUUCUCGUAUUGAAAUUUCAGAUUAUUGUUUUCUUUUUGCCUUGUAGCCUGACAUUUAAUGUGGUCAAUGAGGCCCGGAAGGAACGCCAAGUCUUUUAGCCAAUUAUUGUCUUCUAAUUGAGGAAUCAGUUUCUUUGCCAUUUGUAUGAAAAUUUUAUAAUAAUUCCUCAUGAGCGUCUGGCUUACCUUAUCUGAACUACGAGGGCCCGUACUCUACUACUGAAUGCCUGCGAGAUUGCCCGCGGGAAACCGAGGCUACCCUUGCCCGCCAGUGCCUACGCUGAGCAACUUUGUAUUACAGCAGCGUCAUCAGCGAUUUAUCGAACGCCGUGUAUAUAUAUAUGUAUUAUACGUAUACCAUGAUCUCGUACUGUCAGUCCUGUCAGUCGUCGCGGGACAGUUAACCGUAGCGUCUCACAAUCAGUUUGUUUUCAGUAUAUUUUAAACUAUUCUGUGUAGUUUGAUAUAAUUAGUUAGUUAAUAAUUCUAAGAAACUAAUUAUAAAAUAUUAAUAAACACCCCAGGAAGGAUUUCCUUGCUUGAAAAAUAACAUGUCUGAUUUCGAGGAAAGGAAGUUGCAAGCAAUAGCGCUUGCUGGGAAUUAUCAACAAUACUAUUACGAAAUGCUUCCUGACUGGUUCGAGUAUGGUCAUGAAGAUUAUACUCUUAUCAAACAGAAAAUUGGCUAUGCUCUUUUCGGUCCACCAAAAAUUGAUAAAGACACGGAGACUGAGAUCGGUUCCACAAAUACGUCAAGCAAUAACCAACACGAUAAUAUAUUUAAUAGAAUAGUAUACGAUAAGAAGAUGUGUAAAGUUAUAGACACGGUAUACAAGCAGAUAAUACGAUGUGGAGGAGACAGUGAGGACAAGUCGAUUUACAUUGGAAUUUUAUAUAAUGUAUUAUUCCUCCACACGAUUCCAAAGAAAACCGGUAAACAAACUGAUGAUCAAUCAAAUGAUCUGUGCAUGCUACCGCUGAUCAAAGUAAGAAAAUCCGAAAUCGGUGUAUGGUACAUCGAUAACGAUGGUAGAGUAUACCAAAGCUGGGACGACUACGUAAAGAAUAAUACGCUACCUAAAUGUACCAUGAUUCUACCGAAAUGCGGUUUAUAUCAGUCGAACCCGGAAUACAAAGUCGCGGAAUGUUGUUCGACGGUAUGGCUGGAAGUGCUCGAGUCACCCGCUUGUUCUACCAAAGGGAAAAUCCUCCAGUCUAUCGACGUCGGCGCGAACAUGAUUUCCCUUUGCACCACGUUUGGAUUAACCAUCGCCAGCCUGGUGACACCCAUCGGACCGGCCGCGAUCACGGCUGGUCUCGUUUACAGCGGUGUAAGCGGAUCGUGGAUCAUCGCCAGAAGUUCUCAAAAAUUAGUGGACCUCGCUAGACACAGGCAGUCGAUCAGUCCCAUAAGUAGGAACGCCUUCCCCGCUUGGCUCGGAAUAGGCAGCACGGCUCUGUCGAUGGGAGCGACGGGAGGAACCGCACUUCUGUCUAACACCGUUAAUAAAUGUAGUACUGUUGGAUCUGCGGCGAGGGUGGCAUACAAUUCUAUGUUAUUUAGUAAUUUGGCAGUGAACGGUCUCGGCGUAGCGUUUCAGGGCUACUGUUUAAUCGACAAAUAUAAAUCUACGAGAGAAGUCGAUUUCUUGGACAUAGUCAUGUUCACUUCUCACGUCCUGUUCUUUAGUAAUACUUUGAUAAGCACCAAAUUGGCUGGCGAGCUGAUUGGGACGUCCAAGGGAACUAUAUUCGAAAGAUUUAAGAACAGUUUACGUUCCAACCGGUUUAUGAAAGAGUUUGCCAAAACGGCACCUCAUAUAGGUCAAGACGGGGAAAGUACAUCCGAGGGUAUAAUAUAUAAAAUUAAGAACAUUGUUAACAAAGAGGAUUUCUUGGACUCUUUGAACGAAAUGGGCCAUGGGGCUAAAUCUUUCAUCAAAUACUCGAACGGGAAUAUCGUUGUACAUAAUAGAAUAUUUAUAGACCCUGUGGUUUUUACGGGGCAUUUGUUAACGGCAGGUACGGUCGUAGUGGAUGAAUUAAAUCCGAAUUCGUCGACGGAAAAAAGCGACGUGAUGAUCAGGUUGAAAGUGUUACUGGUAAGACUGAUAAGGGAUUUCUUCAGCGAAAACGCAUCCUCUUCUGGCGAGCACGUGGACUUGCCCAACGUGGAGAACUUUGUAAACAUACUGCAAGAAGUCAAAUUCAUGGACAACGCAGUCGACGUACUAACUAAAAUUUUUAAAGUCGCUGUUUGCGUGGUCCAGAACUAUGACGAUCCGAGACAAUUUUUAGUAGAGGCCGUUUUCUUCGCGUGGAAUUAUUGCAAAGCGAAUUUAAAGGAGUAUGGGGCGAUGAGUUGUUCGAACAGUAGCAGAGUGUUUAACGUUCUGACUAGAAUCAUUACGUUCUUAUUCGACUGCAUCGACGAGAUGAAACACGAAUUGUUCACAGCUUUUCAUACUUACAUUUCAAACAAAAAUUUGUAGUCGCCUUAGUAAAAAAAACAUGAAUAACUGAUGUUUCUGUUUGUAUAAUCUUUUUCAUAGAUCUGCCCAUAUUCCGCAGAGUCGUAUUUAUUUCAUAAUUAAUUAAUUUUUCUCGCAUCGUAUCACCAUUGUAAGGAAUCACAGCGUAAUGCAAUUUUCGAACGUGUGUAUGUAUGUUCUCAAUCAAGCCAUACUUGAAAUAUUAAAACGUGUGACAAAUCAGCUGCCUUCCAGUAACUGAGAUUGAUAAUCGUUAAUAUUUUAUAUGGUACAAAUGACGAUUAUUUGUUAUUGUAUUUCUAUGUAUUUUUUCUAUGUAUUUUAUAAUGAAAUCUAAUAAAAACGAGGACUAAAUGAUCUAUCGUUAUGCACAGAAUUGAAGGCAUUCGUUUAUUUUCGUUUCUCUCGAAUAUUUAGAUUACAACUCACACCAAUUAUAUACAGACGAUACCGAGCACAUUUACAAUUGUUCAUCGAUU